UGAUCCUCCUUCCCCCCCCCCCGCUGCUGAAUCUGUCUACCGGGUCUGCAGCCCACCACCUCAGUCAGUGUGUGGCCAGGUCAGGAGGGGGACAUCCAGCAUGCUGGACAACGAGGACUUCGUGUCGGACGCGUCCCCGCGGGAGCUCACUCAGAACCCGCUGAGGAAGAUCUGGAUGCCGUGUAAGAACGGCCACAUAGCGCAGAGACGGGUAUGUAUGACAAAUUGCCCGACCCUCAUUGUGACUGUGGGACUUCCAGCCAGAGGGAAAACUUACAUUUCAAAGAAGCUCACUCGCUACUUGAACUGGAUCGGUGUGCCAACCAAAGAGUUCAAUGUCGGCCAGUAUCGGAGGGAGUGUCUGAAGAUCUACAAGUCCUUUGAGUUUUUCCGUCCAGACAAUGAAGAAGGUUUAAAAAUCAGACGUCAGUGUGCGAUGGCAGCUCUCAAUGAUGUUCGGCAGUACCUGAGUGUUGAAGGAGGACAGGUGGCGGUCUUUGAUGCCACAAAUACAACGAGAGAGAGAAGAGGAACCAUCGUCAAGUUCGCUGAGCAGAACGGGUUCAAGGUGUUUUUUGUGGAGUCGGUGUGUGAGGAUCCAGAUGUCAUUGCACAAAAUAUAGUUCAAGUGAAGUUGGGCAGCCCAGACUACAUUCACUGCAACAGAGAGGAGGCCGUCGAGGAUUUCAUGAAGAGAAUCAAAUGUUACGAGUCGUCCUACCAGCCUCUGGACGAGGCUCUGGACAGGGACCUGUCGUACAUAAAGAUCAUGGACGUGGGCCGUCAAUACCUGGUGAACCGUGUUGUCGAUCACAUCCAGAGUCGAAUCGUCUACUACCUUAUGAACAUCCACAUUACGCCACGCUCCAUCUACCUGUGUCGUCACGGCGAGAGUGACCUCAACAUCAAGGGACGCAUCGGAGGAGACUCUGGUUUGUCUAACAGAGGAAAAGAGUUUGCCAGAAGUCUGAGGAAAUUCAUCCAGGAGCAGUACAUCAAAGAUCUGAAGGUGUGGACCAGCCAGAUGAAGAGGACAAUCCAGACGGCAGAGUGCCUUGGAGUGCCAUACGAACAGUGGAAGUCUCUCAACGAAAUAGAUGCCGGCGUGUGUGAGGAAAUGAGGUACGAAGAGAUUCAGGAGCAUUUCCCCCUGGAGUUCGCACUGAGAGACCAAGACAAGUACCGCUACCGCUAUCCUAAAGGAGAGUCGUAUGAAGACCUGGUGCAGCGACUGGAGCCGGUGAUCAUGGAGUUGGAGAGACAAGAGAACAUUCUGGUGAUUUGUCACCAGGCAGUGAUGCGCUGUCUUCUCGCAUAUUUCCUGGACAAGUCUGCAGAUGAGUUGCCUUAUCUUAAGUGCCCUUUGCACUCUGUAUUGAAGUUGACCCCCAUGGCCUACGGAUGUAAAGUGGAGCCUGUCUAUUUAAGCGUGGACGCUGUGAACACCCACAGAGACAGACCAGAGAAUGUGAACGUGCAGCGCAGCACUGAGGACGCUCUGCUAACGGUCCCGGCUCACUUCUGAUCUCCUGCACUUCCUGUUACUGCUGAGACCUCGUCCGACUGCAGCAGCUUCGUCACUGAUCCGGAGAAAUGAACAUCUCCCCAGACUCCAACUAUAAGCACUUUGAGUAAAUACAAUCCAUUUUUAUACAUCUGUUUGUUGUGAACUGUGUGAACGCCAAUAUUUUUGAUAUGUAGGUCUGUUGUCAUUGUAAGAUUCCCUUCACUUUCUCCGUCGUUUCUGAUGGAUUAUAUUUAACAUCCAGUGUAUAUUGUGCUCUGUGUACAUCGCCAGGUGCUUUCUGUUUGUUUAGAUGUUUUCCUUGUAUGAAGAACAUAUAUCAUGACCCCAAAAAAAAAUUAUGAGGAGACUAGAGUUACUUCAGUUUAAACACUUCUGACCAAUGUCCUUAAACCCUGACUGUUGUGAAACUUUUCAAAAGACACAAAUGAACAUUUAAAUUUUUGUAAAACAAGAACUUUCUUUCCCUGGUUAUUGAUUUGUAGUUUAGAAAGAACCAGCUCAUGGGUUGAGUUUGCCUGCUUUGAUUUCAGAUGAUAAAAACAAUGUUUCAAAAAACAUUCCAGAGGUGCUGAAAAAAGAAAAUCAACUUAUAAAGUGGCACUAGCAUUAUAAAUGCAACACUUUUUUUGUCAAAGGUGCAAUGUAUAGUAUAUUUAAGUAGGAAUCUUUUUGUUAUGUUGCAGAAGUGCAUAGAGGAAAUGUUUGCUUUAUCAAUAUACACUCAAUUCCCCAUUAUGACAAUGCAAAAAUAGAUUUAUUAAAAAUGGAAAAACUAAAUUAUCACAUUUACACAAGUUCUUAGACCUUUUGCUGUAACGCAUGAAGUUUAGCUUCACCUUAGGCCCUUCUCACACAUUUGCUCAGUUCGGAAGCCUGUUCUAUGAAGAGUCCUAGCUGUUCUAACUUCACCAUUUAAGAGUGAUGAAGACAACUUGGCUCUUGGAAAAUCUUCCAAGAUUAACAACAGUAGAUUUUUUGGAGGGAAACCAUUUCCACAUCUGUGCCUCCACACACUCCUGUCUCUGAGCUCUGCAUCUCCUCGACCUUUGCUUGUCAGCUGUGAUCUGAGACGAGUGUGUGUGCACGUCCAACAAUUGAAUCAGAAUCAAAUCAAGGUGUCACUUCAAUGUGAUAUUUCAGUUUUUGCUUUUUAGUAUAUUUGCAAACUUUUAAAAUUGCUCUGUCAUGUGGUUUUGAGUCUAGAUUGAAGGAAGAAAUUAAUUUGUAUUCAGCAUGAGGCUGCGACAAAACAAAAUAUGUAGUGAAGGAGUGGUGAACUUUCUGAAUGCCCUGCAGCUCCUGCUCUGUAAUUCAAACAGACUUCAGAAAAGGGACUUUAUUAGGUUUCAGUCUUUAAGAACUAAGGUAAAAGUUCUAUCAGAAAUCUUCAGUCAUAAGUGUGACACUAAAAAAGACACUACAUGACUGAUAAAUAAUUCUAUCACAACAAGUACCUGGUUGUAUUUGGAGUAUAAAAUAAGGUACAGUGCAAACUGUACAUGCAUGUUUGUUUGAUGUAAGUUUUGUGUGAAAGUUAACAUGUAAU